AUGUGGAAAUCUCUGGCCUCGCUCUUUGUCGCGCAAAUUGCACUCCUCCCACAGAGUGACGACCUGUCUCCCGUAUUAUCCCGUCUUCAAAACCUCAGGCCAACUUUAGAUCGUAUCCGCCAAAUUUCAGGAACAGCAGGGGCCUCGAUCGGUGUGAUCCAUGACGGUCAUGUUAUAUACAAAGACAACCUGAGAUAUCGUGAUGUUGCGGCUGAAAUCGCGCCCGAUUCACAGACGCUUUACGGUCUAGGGUCGCUUACAAAAUCGCUGACUGCGAUCGGAAUUGCGAAUCUGGUUCAUGAGGGCGCUUUAUCCUGGGAUACGCCUGUGAAGGAUAUCCUACCGGAUUUUCAUCACAAAGACCCCUGUCUCACAAACUUGACGACCGUCAUUGAUUUACUCGCUCACUGA